AUUCUGCUCUGAGCAGAGCUGGCGAACAGUUGUAGUUUGAAGCGUGCGACUUAAGUUAUUAAAAACGCGAGCUUAAAGCUUAAAGUUUAAGCUCACGCUUAAAAGCUCAUUCGUAAAAUGAGCAACGCCACAGCUGGUGGCGGCGGCGGUUUUCGCUGCACUCGCAAGAUGACAUUAGCGAUGAGCGGCUGUGUGAUAAUUUUGGUGAUCGCGUUGACAGUCGGCCUCUGCGUGGGUCUCAGCGGCGACAAUGGCGUCGCAGAGGGGCAGGAUGGUCCCGCCUUCAGCAUCGAUCAUGUGGCAAACACAUUUCUUAUGAAUGGAAAACCAUUUCGUUAUGUCUCCGGAUCGUUUCACUAUUUUCGUGCCCUGCCCGAUGCCUGGAGAAGUCGCUUACGCACCAUGCGAGCAUCUGGUCUGAAUGCAUUGGAUACCUACGUUGAAUGGUCGCUGCACAAUCCACACGAUGGCGAAUACGACUGGGAGGGCAUAGCCGAUAUAGUUCGAUUUCUGGAAAUUGCUCAAGAGGAGGACUUUUAUAUUGUGCUUCGUCCCGGGCCCUACAUCUGUGCCGAGCGAGAUAACGGAGGCCUACCACACUGGCUAUUCACAAAAUAUCCAGACAUUAAAGUGCGCACCAACGAUCCCAACUACAUUGCGGAGGUGGGCAAGUGGUACGCACAAUUGAUGCCGCGUCUGAAGCAUUUGCUAUUUGGCAAUGGUGGCAAGAUCAUAAUGGUUCAGGUUGAGAAUGAAUAUGGUGCGUACCAUGCCUGCGAUCAUGACUAUCUGAACUGGCUGCGCGAUGAGACUGAUAAAUAUGUGGAGAACAAGGCGCUAUUGUUUACGGUGGACAUACCCAAUGAGAGGAUGCACUGCGGCAAGAUUGAUAAUGUAUUUGCCACCACGGACUUUGGCAUAGAUCGCAUAUUUGAGAUCGACAAAAUUUGGGAACUAUUGCGCGGCAUACAGCCGACGGGACCGUUGGUCAACUCGGAGUUCUAUCCUGGUUGGCUGACGCACUGGCAAGAGAUGAAUCAGCGACGCGAUGGAAAGGAGGUGGCCGACGCUCUAAAGAAGAUACUCAGCUAUGGUGCCAGCGUUAAUCUCUACAUGUUCUUUGGUGGCACCAAUUUUGGCUUCACGGCCGGCGCCAAUUAUGACUUGGAUGGAGGCAUAGGCUAUGCAGCGGAUAUAACCAGCUAUGACUACGAUGCGGUCAUGGAUGAGGCUGGCGGAGUGACCAACAAAUAUGAACUGGUCAAGCAAGUGAUAGGAGAAGUCCUCGAAUUGCCCGACAUAACACUAAAUCCAGCCAAGCGUUUGAGCUAUGGCACAGUGGAGCUGACGCCAGCAUUGGAGUUGCUCUCGGCAGAGGGACGCGCUGCUCUAUCUAAAGGCACACCCGUGAAGUCCGAUCAGCCCAAAUCAUUCGAGGAGAUGGAUCAGUAUUCCGGGCUGCUGCUCUAUGAGACAACGUUGCCCAGCAUGGAUCUAGAUCCAUCAUUGCUAAAGGUGGAGGAGCUGCGAGAUCGUGCACAUGUCUUUGUGGAUCAACAGCUGGUUGGCACACUGUCCAGGGAGGCGCGUAUUUAUGCCCUGCCCCUGAGCAAGGGCUGGGGCAGCACACUGCAGCUGCUGGUGGAGAAUCAGGGACGCAUCAACUACGAUCGCGCCAACGAUACGAAAGGCAUCUUUGGCAAGGUGACGUUGCAGUUGCACAAUGGCGGUGCUUUAUCACUGGACGGCUGGACAACGACUGGCUAUCCACUGGAAGCGUAUGCCAUCGAGACAUGGCGCAAGGAUGCUGCAGCCCUAGAUCCAUCCAUUGCCAAACAGCGUUUGUUACGCACUGGUCCCAUUGCCUAUACGGGCAGUUUUGAGGUAACCGAAGUGGGCGAUACUUAUCUCAAUACGGCCGGCUGGGGCAAAGGUGUGGCCUAUGUUAAUGGUUUCAACUUGGGACGCUACUGGCCGCUGGGUGGUCCACAAAUUACGCUCUAUGUGCCCAACGAGCUCCUCAAAGUGGGCCAAAACUCUGUAGUACUACUCGAGUAUCAGCGCUGCAAUAAGACAAGCAACGGUUCAGAGCUGCCUGCAGUGCAAUUUGAUGCAGUGGCUCAGCUGGAUGGAGAGUCUAGUGAGGCAUCGCUUAAAUAGAUGUUGCAAUCAUUUUCAUUUUGUUAUUUUUUUUACAAUUU